UUACCGCAAUGUUUAAAAACACACGGAAAACAUCAGUAUAAUCAUAAAAAUCUAUCACGGAGCAUUAUCGGCAAAGGAACUAGUUAGAGUAAAUUAAGCUUCCGGUGCAGGCAAUCUUGUUCGCGUAGUAUGGACCAUUUAACGAUCAAUUUGCGAGAAUGUUUUCUUUAACGCGUGUCUUGGUGGUUAGCGCCGUUUAUACUCAAGUCGCCGCGUUAAAUUCUAGUGAAAGUUAUGCCACCGUGAAUCACAACACUAACGAUGACUACAGACUUUGCAAUGCCCAGAGUCCUUGUGUCAGGAAAUGCUGUCAGGAGCACUACGUCCUGAGAAACAGAAAAUGCGUGUACUCCGACGAACACGAAUUUAAUCUUAAAGUGCAUAGAGGUGUCGAAGAUGUAAGUGAAACUACUGACGCUACCUUGAACGUUAUCCAUGACGAUAAGUGUUAUCAGCAAAGAUUAGCGCUGAUACCUGCUUUUAACGAGAAUCAGGCCUUCUUCUUGCAGACUAAUGGAUCCCUGUUUAAGCCUUACGACGAACUUAGGGCGAUCAUUCCUUUCAACCACUUCUGUUUGGAAACUAUUAUUUUCAGCGAAACGACGCAGCAUUUUGCUGCGUUGGUUUGCUAUAACGAGACUACUCUGUUGGCCCAGAAGGAAAAGAAGUAUUGUUUUGGCAUGAUCAUAUCUAUGCCGUUUUUACUAGCGACGUUCUUGGUCUACGCAAUCUUACCCGAGUCAAAUCUUCAUAGGAAAGCUUUGAUGAACUAUGUCCUGACGCUAUUCCUUGCCUACAUAUUCCUGGUAAUUGUACAACUUUAUCCUGGGAAGUUCGAUGAAAACUUUGUAUGUCCUGCGUUAGGAUAUUUGAUAAUAUUUUUCUUCUUGAUAUCAUUCUUUUGGAUGAACGUUAUGUGUUUGGAUAUGUGGUUUGCUUUUAGGGGUAUGAGAGGAUUUAAUGGUAGAAGACUUGCAGAGAAAAAAAGAUUUUUAAUGUAUUUCGCCUAUGCUGUAGGUGUUCCAUCUUUGCACAUUCUGGUUGUCUUUUUAAUAAACAAAUUCGGCAACAAUGAAUCGGAUUAUUUCCCAGGAAUUGGAUAUGAAAAAUGUUUCUUGAGAGAUGGUUUACCAAAUUUGUUGUACUUCUAUGGACCUAUGGCGAUUCUGAUUACUGUAAAUGUCACAUUAUUCAUUUUGACCGCUGUAAAGAUCCAAAGAGUUAAAAAGGAAACUUCUAUGCUGAAACAAUCCGACAGCAAGCGGCAUUCUUAUGAAGAUGACAAACAAAAUAUUACCGAGCAUGUAAAUAAGAAGACGAAUACUUUGUAUAGGUUCAACCUGUAUGUGAAGUUGCUGUUCGCUAUGGGCAUUAACUGGACCAUGGAAGUAAUAUCGUGGGCAAUUGAAUGGCGCACGAAGGAUAUUCCUUCGUAUAUCUGGUAUUUAACAGAUUUCUGCAAUGCAAUGUACGGCGUAUUCAUUUUCUUCAUAUUUGUCUUCAAGAAGAAGAUCUGGCGGUCCCUUAAGAAAAGGUACUACGUAUUCAUUGGAAAACCUCACUUUGCUCACUCAGUGAGUGUGACCCAAACAACUCGGUCCAGCAACUACUCCACCACGGAAACUGGCCUCAACGACCACCGCUUAAGUGAACUCAACAACGGAAGAGGGGAGGAAAGAAUGUUGCAUCAAAAUUAAAAUGUGUUUUACUCGGUGAUAGCAAGGUGCCAUAGUCUAUUUAAAUUUCUCCGCUUUAUGUUUUAUUAGACACAACACGAGUUCCAACAAUGUUGUAACAUUCUUUAACGUUAAAACAAUGAGGUUUUUUAUUUAUCAUAAAGUAGAACACGUAGUGAUUUUGUACUUAAAUAAAAGAGUGAUAUUAAUUAAUUCCUUUUAAAACAAAGUUUUAUAUUGCCAUAGUCAUUUGUUUCGUUAAAGUUAAAACCAUAAUUAGUUUCACUUGCUUGUAUUUUUCAUAUUAGCUUUAAACGACUAUAUUUGUACCUGUAAGUUUUAAUUUUAUGUUUACUUAGUCUCUUAUCUUAGUCAUAGAGAGCUUUCAUAAAUGAUUAUAAGCCACGUGGUCAAUAAUUAUGUUUGGAACAUUAACUGUAUUUCCUUCAUAUGGACUAUUAAUAUAUUUCAGUUACGUGACAGGUUAUCAUUGUUCAUUGUAAACGAGUCAUUAAUAUUGGUGACUGUAAGAUUUAAAGAAUUUUUGUUUCCAGUUCCAAUCAUGCAUUGUUGGGUUGUAAACAUUGCUGAAGGCCCUGUAUAGUGUUACAUUACCAUGGCAAUGGGAAAUCCAUGUUUUAAAUAAAUCUGAUUAAAACAUAGAUUGUUGUUUCAUUCGACAUAAAUGUAUGUAAGUGUGAAGUAGGAACUAAAAAUAACCAGUUGGAUUAUAGAAGAGAAAGGAAAUGUGACCCUUGGUUGUAGAUAUAUGUUAGUGUUUAUAUUCAUGUAUUUUUUUUUUUUUCUUUUUUUUCUAUAGAUUUCCCAUUGUCAAAAUAAUGUUAUGAAUAGGUGAGUGAAAGAAUAUUAAAAGUUUCACUCAAUGGUUGAAGUUAGUUUUAAAUAAGUGUACUUAAAAUAUAACUUAACUUUCUAGAUAUAUAAAUAUAUUCCCACGGAACUUAGCUUUGCACCUUUAAGGAAUGCUGUUCUAUUUUCAUUGUGUCACAUUCCUUACUCACAAUGUUUUAAAAUACAUGUUCCUCCGUUAUAAAGAAUCAGGGACCAUUUGAGAAAGAAAUGAUUGGAUUAAUUUGUUCUAAACUAAAAUUGAUUAAAAUAUCUUCCGGAUUUUUUCUUGAUCAUAGACUCUUACGCAGGAUGUAGUAGCCAUAUGGCAACAACCUUCAAGGCUGAUUUUUCUCUCAUCAAAAUAAGCAGGAGAACCUAACAAAUUGCUAAGGGUUUUACAAUCAUUCAAAUAUUGGACGAAACUACACUUUUAGAUUAAAACUGAAGAGCUAUUGAAUAUAUGUACUUCAAUCUUGGUAGUUCAGUUUCUUCAUAGUAGCUAUUUAUAUGCAAUGUCACCAAAUGCUAAUUAGCAGGAUUGCAGAAACUUCUGGUGCCAAAAAAGAAGUCAUUUGGCGUCCAAAAGAAUUUUGUUUUACAGAUUUGCAUAGACCAUUCACAAAUAAAGCUUUUAGACACAAGUGUAUUAAAUAGGAAGACUUAAUAGACACAAAAAAUGUAUUUUAUUUAGUAAUUACGAUAUUAUUGGCUAGUAUUUGAUCAAAACUUAAAUGCUACAGGAGAGAGAGAGCUACUAAGAAGAAACUGAAUUGUACCAAAUUCGAAGGCUAUCAUCAAUUGUUCAUGAUUGAUCAAAAACUGUUUUUCACGUCACAUCAUUACUCCUGUUCUCUUUACUCGUUUUAAUGAGAAAAAUCAAACAAUAAUUGUAAUUUCCUCACAACGUCCCUAUUACAUCCGUUCAAAAUCCUUGAAAAAAUCAUAACAUAUCUACCCUCACCAUACCCUGUGGUGCAUAAAUGUUUUAACUUAAAAUUUGUAGUAUUUAUUAAUUAACAAGUACCUAUAUGUCAUAUAUAUUACAAAACAUUUAUUACGUUUUGUAAUACCUAACCAUAAAUGUUCUAUAUUAGUGUUAGUAUGUUAGCAUACUUUGAAACUUAUUGAUUUUAAAUGCGCAUGUACUUAUCUGUUUUGUGUAUAAGUUUAUAUUUAGCAUGAGUACAAUUAUAGUAUGUAGACAGUUCUGAUUCAGUAGAAAAUGCACUGUCUGUUAGUUCAAAACAAUGGAGCUUGCGUGCAAGUCAUUCUAGUCAACAAACGAAGUAUGUAAAAACCAGUACAUAUUAAACGAAUAUUUUAUAAGGCUUUUCGAAAACCAAAUUUCAGCAUAUUUUUGGACUAAAAUAUUUUGAAUAAAUGUCAUUCUCGGUUGCCCAAUUAUUUCAGGCAUUGGCACCGCUGUCGACUCCAUUCCUUGUCGUUACUUUAUUUGGAAAAUGUUUGAAGAAAUAACAAGAAACCAUUUAUAACAAAUACCAAUAAUACGUGACAACAAUGAUUGGUUCUUCUUCAUAAAUGAAUGAUAGAUUCCCUUUGAUUGUUAGUAAUAAAAAAAUAGUUCAUAAAUUGAAUAAAUCGGUUUGAUAAUAAUCCUGUGUCACUAAAUAGUAAUAAUUAAAAUGGACCAAAUUCCAUAAAAUAUUAUAAAAAUAAGAUUAAUAUUGGAUUAGAUAAAUAUCGUAAUAAUAUUUUUUUAUAUUAUUUAUAAUGGAUGUUUUCGUUUACUGUUUCAGUAUCUUUACUAACUCAGUAUACUUUAUCUAAUAUAUGAUUGUGUUAUACAGAAAAUCCAGAAAUUACAUUGGUAGAGUAAAACAAAGCUAAUAAAUUGAUAAAUAUCUAUUCAGUCAACAUUUUUGUGCAGGAUAGAUAUAUAAGUAUUAAAAUUGUAACUAAUAUAUCACACCUAAAGCAUAACAUGACAAAUUACAUUUUUGUGCAUAGUCUUGCCAGUUUUAAAUGUGAAUAUGUAUUAAGCUUUUAAUAGAUUUUCAUAUAUAUAGGUAAUAGUGUUUUAUCUAUGCUAAAAGCUUUUCCUGUUAUUAGCUCUUUAUAUGUGUUUAUACAUAUAUGUAAUGAAAUAUAUUACAAACAUUGAAAUAAAUGUGUACAAAAUCUA